CUUCCUUCUGUCCCUCCUCCUUCCCUUUUUAUUCUCUCUCUUCCUUCUUCCCUCUCUUUUCCUCUUCUUUCUGCCUGUCCUACUUCCUUCCUCUUCCUUUAUUCCCUUCUUCGAGUGUAUGUCCAGAAUUAGAGAUACAGAUUGCAUUUGUUUCCUCUGCAGGCUCUGACCACCUCUCCCUCUCUCCCCCCGGGUUAAUUGACAGCUGCAGAGUGUGAGUCAGCUGAGUGUUGAGGCUCGGCCCUCCCAGAUGUGGGGCUGGGCGUCUGUGCGGUGAGUCCACCGCAGUGAAAUCUGAGUCCUCCGGCCUGGCUGCUUGUAUUUUGGGAUGUUUUACACGGGGCAGGACAAAGACACGUUUCCAGGCGGCAGCGCAGUCUGAGCAGAUGUUUCUGCUCUGGGAAAAGCAGAAGAAGAAGAAGCGACCUUGUUUCUGCAGAAGAAGGAAGAGUGAAAGACGGUAAAGUUGUGCUGAGUGUUGCCUCUGCAGAGCCACAGAUUACUGCAGCUGCGGAGGGGAAGCGCAGCUGACUGAAAAGCGAAACCGAGGAUACAUUUAGAGGAUAAAGAUGUUUCUUUUGUGGAUAAAAAUGCGCCCCGUAGGUUUGAAGGUUUGCUGACAUGAACUUUGACUGGGAGCAGAGCUGCGUUCACAUCGUUAGCUGACCCGCUCCUGAUUCCCUGCAGAUAUGGCUGAAGAUGUCUGUGGAUUCUGAUAACGCCUGUGUUUUGCUGUCACCGCGAGACUCCAGGUCCUCCUGCGUCUUCCGCACCGCAGACGAGAAAGAUGACCUCCCAGAAGUGGGAGAGGAGAGUGUCCUGGAGAUGCUGAGCUACUCCAAGUUCUCCGACCUUGAGACAUGGCUGUGUAUGCCGUCCUCGCUGCUGCUGCCCAGGGCCCUGGACUCCACCCGCACCACCUCCUCCUCCUCCUCCUCCUCCUCACAUACAUCCAACCACUCUUCCAAUUCCCCGCCAAUCUCCUCCUCCUCCUCCCCGGCCUCCAACUCCCGUCGCUCCACCUGCAGCGAGUCAGGAGAGGCCGACACACCACUCAGGUCACCAGGGGGGGGACUCCACCUUCCUCACCCCCGCGCUGGCGAAGGAGAUGCCCUUUCUGGCCACGUCCCUCCUCCCCGUCCUCUCCUCCACGCCUGCCGCCGCCGUGCAGAGCUCAGGGACGUCAGCCAAAGACUCCGCCUCCCAGAGCGGCGUCAGCAUCAGGAAGCGGCGGCGGCUCGCUGCCAGUCCUGGAGGACUCCACUGGAACUCUGCAGGUUCGGUGCAGCGCGACUUCUGGUCACCUGAUCCGUCUCCCGUGUCGGGGGUGAGCGCGGCGGCUGCUGCAGGAGGUAGGGGUGCGAGGAGCCUCCCCCCGGCCGGAGGAGGUGGGGCGGCGUGGGCCAGCGACCGGGCGGCCCUGAGGAAGACGGUUUCGGCUGACGGAGAGCAGCCACACCUGAGACUGCUGAGUCGGCUGGAGAGAGGCAGGAGGAAGCUCCGCAACAUCCACGUGAGUCUCUCCCACUUUGUUACUGUUUAUUAUUUAUUUCAAAUGUCCCCCCAGUGACCGUUCGAUCAUACUGAGUGUGUUUGGCUAAUGU